AUGUUAGCUGAAGUCGAUUAAUUGUCCGUAGAAAAAAUAAAUUGAACUAAAUAAAUGGGUCAAAAGUGGAUAUAUGAAUAUGACGGCACUAUCAAUAUCAGCGGUUUACUUAUCAUUUUAUCAUACGUUGAACACUCGGCAACUUAUCAUUUUUGCAGAAGUGCGUCCAGUGUCGUAUAAACAAUUUUUUAGGUUUUUAUGCAGGCUAUUUUUUUAAACUAACAAAUUCGUUUAUUUUGUUAAAAUGGAAGAAACUUUCUCAGAUGUAAAUCCAAGUUAUCCAACAAAUUCAAGUCAAAACACCAGCAAGACUUAUGAUGCACGCAAUGAAACAAGAUUUGUGACCAAAGCGCAACCGAUAUUCAAUCCGGAAGAUUUGUUUUAUGAUAUGUCCGGUGAUAAAUAUCUUGUGAUAUUUAAUCACACUAAAUAUAAAAUGACCAGAUAUUUUAAUUUUCAAACACCGACACCACGGAAAGGAACAGAAAAAGACGUAGAAUCACUUAAGAAAACUUUUUCCAAUUUAGGAUACAAGGUCCUAACUUACCAUGACUUGGAUCACGGCGAAAUACUUAACAAGGCGCUGGAAAUAAGUCGUAUGGACCACACUAUGACGUCAUGUUUGUGUUUCGCUAUUCUGACUCACGGUGAUAAGGGUGGCCAACUGUUCGCUUCGGACCGUCCAUAUCAGUUUAGUGACGUCACUAAGAUGCUGGAAAAUGGAGACAAGAGUUUAGUUAAUAAGCCAAAACUCUUCUUUAUACAGGCUUGUCGCGGUGGUGACAUGGAUGACGGCAGGACGGUGCAGCUGGACGCCGAUGAUGACCUCACUUUCCACGUACCUUCGCACGCUGACUUCUUCACCAUGUACUCUAGUGUUGAAGGUUAUGCGGCAUUCCGUACUGCGUUAGGCUCCUUCUUAAUACAAGAACUUUGCCAGGCGAUUGACAAGUAUCACGACACUUUAGACGUGCUACACAUAGCGACAGCUGUCAAUAGAAGAGUGGCAUACGAAUAUAGCACUUAUACCCCUAGUAAUAAGGACACGCACAACAAGAAACAGAUGCCCGAAGUGCGAUAUACUUUGACUAAAUUGUUGAAGUUUUAACGUUUUAGAAAAUCAAAUUAAAUUAAAAAUAAAUGUUAUAAUUUUAUAAUAAACUAGCUGUC